AUGAAAUCCAAGGUGUCUAGUACUAAGGAUAUGCCAUAUCCUCAAGCCCCAAGCAAGAAGGAUAAAGAAAAGCAAUUUGCACGUUUCAUGGAGCUUUUUAAGAAGCUUCAUAUCAAUAUUCCAUUCUCAGAGUCAUUGGAGCAGAUGCCCACUUAUGCAAAAUUCAUGAAAGACCUCUUGACCAAGAAUAAAAAGUUUAUUGAGCAAGAGAUCAUUGAGUUGGAAGUGGGGUGUAGUGCCAUAAUUCAAAAGAACUUACCUCUCAAGUUCAAGGACCCUGGAAGCUUUACAAUUCCAAUCACUAUUGGGGACUUAUCAGUUGGAAGAGCACUGUUAGACUUGGGUGCAAGCAUUAACCUGAUGCCCUUGUCUAUGUUGGAUAGAGUUGGACAGGUGGUAGUAAAACCAACUCGCAUGACUUUGCAGCUAGCAGACCGGUCCAUCAAGUAUCCCUAUGGUGUGAUUGAAAACAUGCUAGUCAAAGUUGACAAAUUCACAUUUCUAGCUGAUUUUGUGAUUUUGGACAUGGAAGAAGACUCUGAUAUUCCUAUUAUCUUGGGGAGGCCAUUUAUGAAGACUGCACGAGCAAUCAUUGAUAUAGGGGAUGGUGAAUUUAAAUUGAGGGUCCAAGAUGAAGUGAUCACUUUCAAUGUAUUUGAAGCCACAACCUAUCCAAAUGAUAAGGGUGCUUGUUUCCGAAUGGAUGUGAUGGAUGAGGUAGUGUGUGAGGCUACAAAGAAGCUAAAAAAAUCAGUUCUAGAUGAUGUAAUUCGCUUGAAGCCACUUCCAUUCUCACUUCUUGGGAAAGCUAAAUUGUGGCUCAAUUCUUAUGAGUCAUCUAAGCAUUACAAGGAAAGGGUGAAGUUGUAUCAUGAACGAAAGAUCGCACAACUUGUGCUCCUUUACAACUCUCGGUUGAGACUAUUUCCAAGGAAGUUGAAGUCAAAGUGGUCGGGACCAUUCAAAGUUAAGCAAGUUAGGCCUUAG